GGUCAUUCAUUAAGUACAAAGACCAAAAAAUAAGGAUCAGAAGAAUUAUGGCGAUAGUCUCAACCUCCAAUGGUAAUAAAUUGAAAGUUCAACUUCUUUAUUUUGGUUCAGAAUUGCCAAGAGCUUUUACAA